CAGCAGCAGCAGCGGCGGCGGCAGUGGUAGUAACAGAGGAACAAGCGCGCAUUACGCACAGCCGGUUUGGACACUUUGGACACGUUGUUGGAGAUUUUGGAGACGAUUUUGGAGACGAUUUUUUUUGGAGAAGCCAGCAGCGCGCGCAUGUCUCUCGGAACUGGAGUUUGAUGGGAGUUGUUGACGGGUUUGGAGAGCCGUGACGCAUGGACUUCUUUUUACGCCAGAUUUGAUUGAUCGAUAUCCAUUUAUUGGCGAUUUGGCUUUUUCGUUUUUAUUUUAUUUUUGGCUGAAUUUUGGAAGCACGCGAGGCACUACCUUGACUUACAAAAAAGAAAAUCUAUAUGAGAAUUACCCGUGGCGUUAUUUACUCAUUAAAAAGCAGUUUGGAGACAAGACCGAACAGGAAUCGAGGCGCGGGAUUGUGGAACGUGGUCGUGCGUAAAAAGAACUUGAAAAGCUAAAAGUUGUUCCACGUCGUUCGCCGCCGCGGUUCCAUGGGUCAUUCAUGUGUGCCUCGGGUGCGCAGCUCGCGGCGGGCUCCUCUGGACAGACUCGAGCUGUGACCGUGGAGCGCGAGACAUGACACAGCGCAGCGGAUGGAGAGGCGAGGGCGCGAGGAGGAGGCAGCGACGGGAGAGCGCGGAGAGACACACGGCAGCGCCAGGUGGGACGUCCUGGAGGGUUCGGACCAGGGGCAGACAGGAGGUCGCGUCGGUGAUGUCAGCCAAAGCAAAGGUGCUGCUGUUGGUGCUCCUCUCUCUGCUCCCGGCGAUGGGAGGUGCUAGCGUCAUAGGCAGCAGUGGAGGAGCGGGGGGAGAGUCUGGCCCCGCUGUGGGGUUGCACCAAGGCCCAGAGGAGAGGCAGCUUCCCCUUCCCCUGCCCGGAGCACCGGACGAAGAGCAGGAGGAGGAGGACAACGACCCGGAUCCGGCGUGGCACAACCUCUAUGACCCCUACGUAGUGGACGAGAUGGAUGACCAUCCCAGUCUGCGCUGGACGGGCCGAUCUCCUCGCUCCUCAGACCCCUCAGACCCUCAGGCCAAAGGCUCGGCCAAGAGAAAGAAGAAGAAGAAAGAGGAGGAUGCAGAGGAGACAGCAGGAGGGAGGAGGAGGGGCAGGGGCAGUAAAGCUCCCAAACACAGCAGCAGAGACUGUCGUGUGGAGCGGCGUCAGAUGAAGGUGCGGGACUUAGGCCUGGGAUACGACUCAGACGAGAUCAUUCUGUUUAAAUACUGUGUGGGCUCGUGCCAGUCGUCCAGGACCACCUACGACCUGGCCCUGAAGGCUCUGCUCCACAACGGCUCCUUACCUCGACGCACGGCCCGCAAAGUGAGCAGCCACCCCUGCUGCCGGCCCGACCGCUACGAAUCUGUCUCCUUCAUGGACACCCACACCACCUGGCAGACCAUAGACUCCCUGUCGGCCGCCAGCUGCAUGUGCAUGGGCUGAACGAGGGGCUGAGCUGAGUGGAUGUACAAGACACCAAGCUCAGCACCAAAGUCACAGGAAAACCCUCGGAUUUGUUUGACGAUGGUGCAUCUCCUCCAAAGAGUCCACAAGCAACUUACCCAGAGCAAUAACCCUGGCUGUUGUGGGAUUAUGUAAUCUUUGAUACCAUCAAUACAUUACUUUUAGUGAACUAGAGUUUUAGCAGGCCACUCCAGUCAAGUGGAGUAGGACAGGUUUUGGCUUCCUCUGGGCAGAAUCUUAAAAGCCAAAGAAGUGGACGUCUCUGUCAUAAGUGCACAUGAUAGAGCUGUUUUUAUGGAAAACAAUAUAAUGUCAUCAAAUCUUCCUCACCAGUGUUUUAGAUUGCAGAGGUUUUAUUUGUACACUAAACAGAAGAUUAGGAGUUCCAUCAUUUCAUAAGAAGGCAUUUUUGGACCAAAGAGAAAAUGGA